AGGCUUGUUUCCUGCUUCGCCGGGAAGUAAACCCUCGUCCCCCGCGCUAUUUCUUCUCGUCUUAGUUUUUUUCGAAAAUUUUCUAGAAAAUUAAAAGAAAGGGAGAUCACUGAGCUUUUCAGAGGAAAAAGCAUCGAGAGCAAUGUAUGGUAAUCAGAGCAGCCAGCCAGGACCGCAAAGGCCACUGCUAAAUCCUCAACAGACCACCUUUGGCAAUGCAAUCUAUGAUGCAGGAUCUGGGCUCAUCCAAGGUGGCUUCGAGGCAUAUGGGGAGAGGUUCUUGGGGUCAAGUUCGGAGUUUAUGCAAAGCAAUAUCAGUAGCUAUUUCUCCAACCUGCAGUACUAUUUUCAAGUGAACAACAAAUACGUAAGGAGCAAAUUGAAGCUCAUCCUACUUCCCUUCUUGCACAGGGGCCAUUGGACAAGGAUGAGUGAACCAGUUGGGGGCAGACUAUCUUACAAGCCUCCAAUUGACGAUAUUAAUGCCCCCGAUUUAUAUGUGCCUUUCAUGGCAUUUGUUACCUACAUUAUCCUCUCAGGCUUUACUUUUGGUCUUCUUGGAAAGUUUAGUCCUGAAGCUUUGAGCUUUCAGUUCACAAGAGGACUUGCUGGCUGGUUUCUGCAAGUCAUGAUGCUUAAAGGCCUAUCAUAUUCACUUGGCAGCAGGGAUGCACCUAUUCUUGACAUUGUAGCAUAUGGAGGGUAUACUUUUGCAGGUUUAUCGGUCGCCAUCCUCACAAAGCUUGUCUGGAAUUAUUCCUAUUACUUCAUACUAUCAUGGUUGUGUUUCUGCAUGGGUGUGUUCUUGGUUAACACUAUGAAAAGGGUGCUCUUUGCAGAGAUGAGAGUUUACAGUAACCAUUCAAACAGGCAUCAUUAUAUAUUCAUUUUCAUAGCAAUUGCUCAGUUUCCUUUGUUCUUUUGGCUUGGCCAUCUCAAAGCUUGAAUUUGCUUUCUUUGUAUUUACACUUUUCAGUGAUAUAUAUAUAUAUAUAUAUUUUUUUUUUUUUUGGUGUGUGUGUAUUUUAUGGGCACAAGAUGAUGUUUUUGGAGAUUAGAAUG